UCUCUCGUCUUUUACAUCCCAUGUAUUGGAGCGAGACACGAAACUCCCACGCAGAUGUUUACGCGCAGAUGACAGUCGAACGAGAGCGAAAGUCGCAUUUUUCGUCCAUGAGGUGUGUCCUCGGUGUGCGUCGCGAUCGAUUUCACGCGUUGCCCUUUUUUUUUCUUUUCGCUAAAGGUGGUGGCCACUACGGAACCUUGUCCUAUUUCUGUAGGCCACCUAUAUACGUAUGUAUGUGGAUAUAUAUUGUACGUACAUAACGGCGCGUGCGAUUACUCUGCUCUGACAUUCGCGCGUAAUCGCGGCCGGUUACGAAUCUAUUGUGACCUUGUGCGAGUGCGUUUUGUCACCGCAUCAUCGCGGCUGUUGCAUCGUUUGUUUACAGCUUAGAAUUACCACAUAGAACUGUCUCGCUCUCUCACCAAUCCGACAAAACGCUAACACAGCUGUGUUAUGAGUGUGGGUUUAUCCAUGUAUGAUGGCUUGGAGAGCGAGAGUUCUCCCGAUAAUGCCCUGGAGAGCGCGGGUGGUACAAAAAAACUGGCCAGAGGUAUCUCUCGUGCGACUGAAAAUGCAGCAAUUGUCUCCUACGCUCGUUCGCAAUUGGCAGCCCUAGGAACACCUGACACCCCAGAAUUCACGUUUUCAUUGCCAGACUUGUCUGUAUAUCCAGAUUUGUUCCGUAAAUUCUUGGAGAAAGAUCUUAUAGAGAAUGGAUGCCUGAACUCUUUGGAAGCUGCAGGUCGUUUAAACUGGUGGUACAAAAGUGGAAGUACUAGAGUUCUUUGGCCACUAGCAACAUCUGGAGAUGGCAAUUGCCUGCUUCACGCCGCAUCGUUAGGAAUGUGGGGCUUUCACGAUAGAUUACUUACCCUACGGGAGGCAUUGCAUAAUACUUUAACCAAAGGAGAGUACAGACAUGCACUUUUCAGACGGUGGAAAUGGAGACAAACAGGUUUAAACGCCGCGGCUGGAUUAUCAUAUACAGAAGCGGAAUGGUUAAAAGAAUGGCAAAGUAUAGUAGAUAUGGCUUCUCCUACAAUCAGAAAUCAGACCGCUACCUCUUAUCAAAGCCUUGAAGAAAUACACGUUUUAACCUUAGCUCAUGUCUUAAAGAGGCCUAUAAUAGUUAUAGCGGAAACAAUGCUGAAAGAUGCAGAUGGAGUAGCUUUAGCGCCAAUCCCAUUUGGUGGAGUAUAUUUACCUUUGGAAGUGUCACCGUCGCAUUGUCACAGAACACCCUUAUUCUUGGCAUAUCAUUCUGCUCAUUUCUCCCCGCUUGUAACAGUAGACGGAUGCAAUGAUUACGGCAGUGCUUGUGGCGAAGGAGUUAGUAUACCAUUAGUGGAUCCAGACACAGGCAAAUUAUUGCCAGUCUUAUUUGCCGUAGAUCCUGGUCCUGAUUGGGAUUGGGUCGACGGUUCACGAGAGUUGUUAGCUUGUACACAGGAUACCAUGGAGAUUUUAAUGCGACAAUAUUUAGACUGCGAAUAUCAAAGUUUCACAUCCGAGGAUAUAGAUAGGCUUUCUGAUGCAGAUGGUUCUUUGUCAAAGACUGCGAAGCAAUUGUUAGAGGUCGCGAAACAAUUCGGUUCUAUUGGUAAAUCUGUCAGUAAAAAACUAUGGUCUAUGACGAAUAAAAGGCCAAAGAGUCCUCCUUCCACGAGUGGUGGAAUUUCCACAGAAGGUUUGUUGUGUGUCAGAAUAAAAAGUAGACGUCAUCAGUAUGUGGAUCAAAUGCUUCAAAAUUAUCUUCAAUGUGCCCAUGCAAGAUUUCUACAGGAUCAUCAGGUGGACGACACAGGUAGUGAAUUGAAUUAUGGUGCCGGAAGGUCCAAAUUUUAUGCUGCCAGUGAUCGUGGUAGUCAUGCGAGCGUUAGCAAACUAUUACCUACUAACACAAACAAAGAUCAUACGCUUUAUCUUUCGAGAUCUACAUUUUAUAAUGAUCAAACUUCAUCUAAUAAUACGGGGCCAGAGACUUGGAACAAUAGUGACAAUUUAAAGGGCACUGUGAGGGAGUGCCGCAGUGAACACUGCCAAUUCUUUGGAUCGCCAGAAAAAGAAUAUUACUGCUCGCAAUGCUGGGCUAAUCGACAUUAUCGUUAUUAAACGCCGUCCAUGAUGACACACAUGACAAUAAUCUCACUUUAAUAUAUUAUCAUUCGAAGUAAACUAUUAAAUAAUUUUUAGAUCUAAUAUUAGCUUAUUUAUAAGAUAAAGCUUUAUGAAUGUCCCACCAACGUCGUCGAUAAUAUUACAUGUUGUUUUCAGUUUUGUUUUUUUUUGUCAUGUUUUCUUGUAUUUAUUAACAUUUUCUAUUUGAAAAUUGCAUAUCAAAUGCACAGGGUUCAACUAACCGACAUAAGCAUUCGUUAAAACGCAUAUUUUAUAACGUUCCAAAUUUCUAAAAAAAAAAAAUUUUUUUGUACUCGAGGAACGAUUUUUUUUUACGAUUUCGAUGUGCCUUCUGUCUUAUGCGCACGGAACAAAAAACAAUGAUCUAUAUCAUUAUGAUAGAAAUAUUUACUGACAACUACCUCCACAAUUUUCGAUUACAAUGAUCGGUAUAAUUAUUAUUCUACAAUUUUUUUUAUUUAUAAAAGAUAAUAUAGAAAUAUUGUGUUUAUAAUCUCAUUAUCCUGUGCAAUCGUUGUGCAUGUAAAGUUGUGUGAAGAAUAAACCAUAUUUUUAUAUC